UGGGGGCUGGGGCCGAGGCAGGCCAGGCCCGUGCCCGGCGGGGACGCCCCGCACACUCCAGCCUCGCGCAGCCGGUCCAGCCCUGCCCUACGGCUGGGCGCGCCGCCGCACCGCAUCCAUGUUCGACACCACCCCCCACUCCGGCCGGAGCACGCCCAGCAACUCCCCUUCUCUCCGUAAGCGGCUGCAACUCCUGCCCUCAAGCCGGUCCCCACCUGAGCCUGAACCAGGCAGCAUGGUAGAGAAAGGGUCAGACAGCUCCUCAGAGAAAGGGGGAGUCCCUGGGACCCCUAGUACCCAAAGCAUGGGCAGCCGGAACUUCAUCCGAAACAGCAAGAAGAUGCAGAGUUGGUACAGUAUGCUAAGCCCCACGUACAAACAGCGGAAUGAAGAUUUCCGGAAACUGUUCAGCAAGCUCCCAGAAGCAGAACGCCUCAUUGUGGAUUACUCCUGUGCUCUGCAGCGCGAGAUCCUCCUUCAGGGCCGCCUCUAUCUCUCCGAGAACUGGAUUUGUUUCUACAGCAACAUCUUCCGCUGGGAGACCACAAUUUCUAUCCAGCUGAAGGAGGUAACCUGUCUGAAGAAGGAGAAGACAGCCAAGUUGAUCCCCAAUGCCAUUCAGAUCUGCACAGAGAGCGAGAAGCAUUUCUUCACGUCCUUUGGGGCCCGGGACCGCUGCUUCCUCCUCAUCUUCCGCCUCUGGCAGAAUGCACUACUUGAAAAGACGCUGAGUCCCCGUGAGCUCUGGCACCUGGUACAUCAGUGUUACGGUUCAGAGCUGGGCCUCACCAGCGAAGAUGAAGACUAUGUCUGCCCCUUGCAGCUCAACGGCCUGGGGAGCCCCAAGGAGGUUGGAGAGGUGAUCGCUCUGAGUGACAUUACUCCGCCAGGGGCAGCUGACCACAGCCAGGAGCCAAGCCCAGUGGGUUCUCGCCGUGGUCACAUCACCCCCAACCUCUCACGGGCCAGCAGCGAUGCAGACCAUGGGGCAGAGGAGGAGAAGGAAGAACAGACAGACAGCCAACCGGAUGCCUCCUCCAGCCAGACAGUGACCCCAGUGGCUGAACCCCCGAGUGCCGAGCCCUCUCCGCCAAAUGAGCCCACCGCCCUGGGCCCCUUAGAUCUGCUGCCCAGCGAGGAGCUAUUGACAGACACAAGUAACUCUUCGUCAUCCACAGGGGAGGAAGCUGACCUGGCCGCCCUGCUUCCUGACCUCUCGGGCCGUCUCCUCAUCAACACCGUCUUCCACGUAGGGGCCGAGCGCCUCCUGCAGAUGCUCUUCUCGGACUCGUCCUUCUUGCAGGGCUUUCUGAAGCAGUGCAACUUCACAGAUGUGACCUUCAGUCCCUGGAGCGGGGACAGCAAGAGCCAUCAGCGACGAGUGCUGACUUACACCAUCCCCAUCAGCAACCCACUGGGCCCCAAGAGCGCUUCUGUGGUGGAGACACAGACACUGUUCCGGCGCGGUCCACAGGCAGGUGGCUGUGUGGUAGACUCUGAGGUGCUGACGCAAGGCAUCCCUUACCAGGACUACUUCUACACUGCCCACCGCUACUGCAUCCUGGGCCUGGCCCGCAACAAGGCCCGUCUCCGAGUGUCCUCUGAGAUCCGUUACCGCAAGCAGCCCUGGAGCCUGGUGAAGUCGCUCAUCGAGAAGAACUCGUGGAGCGGCAUUGAGGAGUAUUUCCACCGCCUGGAGCGAGAGCUGGCCAAGGCUGAGAAGCUUUCCUUGGAGGAGAGCGGGAAGGAUGCCCGAGGCCUGCUGUCAGGCCUGCGAAGACGGAAGCGGCCCCUGAGUUGGAGGGGUCACAGUGAUGGCCCCCAGCACCCUGAGCCUGAUCCCUGCUCCCGGCCUGGCAUUCACAUCUCAGGCUCCCUUAGUUCCCGCUUCUCAGAACCGUCCAUGGACCAGGGUCCUGGGGCAGGUGUCCCCAACGCCCUCGUUCUCAUCAGCAUUGUGAUCUGUGUGAGCCUCAUCAUCCUCAUCGCCCUCAAUGUCCUCCUCUUUUACCGCCUCUGGUCCUUGGAGAGGACAGCCCACACCUUCGAGUCCUGGCACAGUCUGGCCCUGGCCAAGGGCAAAUUCCCCCAGACCCCCACGGAGUGGGCGGAGGUCCUGGCCUUGCAGAAGCAGUUCCACAGCGUGGAGGUGCACAAGUGGAGGCAGAUCCUACGGGCAUCGGUGGAGCUUCUGGACGAGAUGAAGUUCUCGCUGGAGAAGCUGCAUCAAGGCAUCACCGCCUCAGACCCUCCCUUCGACUCCCAGCCCCGGCCCGAUGACAGCUUUUCCUGAGGAAGCCCGGCCUUACGGCCACUCCCCACAAAUGGACACAGAUGGACACAGCCUCGGCGGCCACUGCUGGCACGGUGUGAGUGCCGGGGGCCUCCCGCCCACCCCGCCCAGUGGCCCCAGCUGGGGGCCACGCCAACGUGGGGACCACAGAACCGAGAUGCACUUUAGACCAGCAUGCGUGCCCAGCCCAGGAACUGGCCUGCCCCAUGGCAGGUCCCCCACUAACUUAUUUUGUCUGGCUGGGGUUGCGGAAGGCGCCUCCUGGGGUGCACGAUUCCCUGAGCUCUGGGUUUAAUGUAUUAUAUUUAUUUGGGCCAGACAGAGCCCCAAUAAAAGGUCGGAAAUG